UGGAGGACUUGCGCAUGCGUAUAAGCGUUCUAACCCAUUGCUAGUCAGGUAAGAAAACAAUAGUUUUUGUGUUGUUUUAUGGCUUGUAGCCUGUUUCUGAGCAGUGUGAGUACUGAGAUGGAUAGUGGGGAUUCUCCUGUCCAACGGCCAGUCACCUUGGACAUUGCAGUGGAGGGUGUAACCAAGGAUGCCUCUGCUCCAGGCUCUCCAGAGGCAUCCUGCAGCCAGACCCCCACCAAAGGUAACAUCCUCACCCAGGAAGACACCAUUGAUCUGUCUGGGGAGUUUGCCACCUCCCUGGAGGACAGCAGCCUCACACCCUCAGAGAACCUGAUGGACAAGCUCAAUGACCAGUUGAUGGAGAGCGUCAUGAUUUCUGACUCACCCAAUAACAGCGAGGAAGAUGAUGUGGUUGCCAUUGAUUCCUUUCUGGAGGCGGGAGAUGAGGUUGAAAAUGUAGGUGGGACCUCUUGUGGCAAAGAUGAACAAAUUGAAGUUGUACAAAAUACAACUGAGAUCAAAGUUUCAGUGGAAGAACAUGAGAGAGAAGGCACUGAACAGAAAGAGGACACAGGCGAGGAGACAGAUGCACAAAACCAAACCACUCUUUCAGAUUCGCCUAAACUAGAAAUGACUGUUCCAUCUGAUGUUAAAAGGGAUGAAGAGCUUGGACUACAAAUGGGCAAAGAGGGUAGCCCAAAAGAGGAUUCAGUGCCAGUUUGCACCAUCUUCAGUCAGGGCACCCAGCCAACCUCUCUGUUGCCUGACGGCUUCCAGCCUACCCUUAUUAAGUCCCCCAGUUUUACUACGGCGAGUGGUGUGGGAGGAGGUGAGGGAGUAACCCCCAGUAAGCAAACUGCCCCCCUUAUGUGCCAGCCCAGCCCCAGUCUUAGCAAGUUCUUCACCGACAAUGGACAGGCAAAUCCAGCCUCUGACUUUUUUGAUUCCUUUACCACACCCUCCUCCUUCAUCUCUGUCUCUAACCCCAAUGCUGACAUCUCACCUAGUCCCAGCGGAGCACCAGUCAACUCUACUCCUGAGCGUCAGCUCUCUUCCACAUCCUCCUCUCUCUCCACACCUGCGGAGUCCAGCGGCCCAACGUCUAUCUCAGUUUUUAGCCCUCCUGUCACUGACUCCAGUACUAAUUUUCAACUUCCUCCUUCAGCCCACAUGGUACCAGCUCCAGCCAGUCAGCCACAGCCAUUUAGCCAGCUCCAGGCUGUUUUUCCAGGCAGUGAUGACCCCUUUGCAACAGCGCUGAGCCUGAGUGAGGUCGAUAGGCGCCACGAUGCUUGGUUGCCAUCUGAGGAGACCAGAAAGAUGUUGAUCUCUGUGGCCACGCAGCAGUACAGCCCAAUCUACGUAGAGACAAGUCGACUCACCAUGCCUGGUCUCAAGUUUGACAAUCUGCAGGGUGAUGCUGUGAAAGACUUAAUGCUUCGUUUCUUGGGAGAGCAGGCAGCCAUGAAGCGUCAGGUCCUUACUGCCAACUCUGUAGAGCAGUCCUUCCCAGGACUCAAACAGCUCAUCAGCACAAAGAACUGGCGGGCUGCGGUGGAUCUGACGGGUCGGCUGCUGACAGCUCACGGUCAGGGAUAUGGAAAGGCUGGCCAGCCAACCUCCCACACCACUGACUCACUGCAGCUCUGGUUUGUGCGUCUGGCUCUUCUGACCAAGCUGAACCUUUUCCAAAAUGCUGAGCUCGAGUUUGAGCCUUUUGGCAACCUGGAUCAACCAGACCUCUACUAUGAGUACUACCCCACUGUUUACCCUGGCAGGAGAGGCUCCAUGGUGCCGUUCUCCAUGCGGCUGCUGCACGCCGAGCUUCCCCAGUACCUGGCCAGGCCCCAGGAGGCUCUGGACCGGCUGCACAAUCUCAAAAGCGUCUGCCGUGCUAUUCUAGAGAAUUUGGAGAAAGGCGUGGCCGAAGAUGGAAGCAUGAUCACCAUAACGCAGGAGAACAGAACUGCCUCUUUGAAGCUGUGGAGGUCUCGCUUCAGCCGGGUGAUGUACUCCAUGGCCAACUGUCUGCUGCUGAUGAAGGACUAUGUUCUGGCUAUGGAAACCUAUCACUCCAUCAUCCAGUAUGAACCCCAGCAGAGCGUGCAGCUGCUCAGCGGCAUUGGACGCAUCUUUCUGCAGAUUGGAGAUGUUAAAACAGCAGAGAGGUACUUCCAGGAUGUGGAGAAAACCUGCCAGAUGAACGGAAGCCAGCCCAGUCACAUCACAUGCGUGCUGAUGAACAGGGCCUUUGUCUACCUCAGUCAGAACAACUAUGCUGAUGCGCACACGUCGUUCCUUGAAGUCUUAAAAACCGACCCGAAAAAUCCAGUGGCCAACAAUAACGCAGCUGUCUGCCUGCUCUACCUGGGUCGACUAAAGGAGUCCCUGGGCCAGCUGGAGGGUCUGGUGCAGCAGGACCCAGCGCUCUACCUCCAUGAGAGCGUCCUGUUCAACCUGACCACCAUGUACGAGCUGGAGUCGUCCCGCAGCACCCAGAAGAAGCAGGCACUGCUGGAGGCCGUGUCCUGCAGGGAAGGGGACAGCUUCAACAUGCAGUGUCUCAAACUAGUGUGACGCACCAGUGGGCGGAGUUAUUCUCAGUCCAAAAAGUGGAUCCUGGAUCAGCCUGCAGGGAAUCCAUUCAUACAGCAGGGGGCGCCAGAGUGAUAUCACA